AUGAAGAGAUCUGAAAGCAACAUUGAAAACCUUCAAACACUGUCAAAUGGUGAUUUCGAGAUCGUGGACGACGAUUCCAAGAGUGCAUACGGCGUCGAAUUUCGAGUAGACGGGAUCAGCUAUAAGGUCGCAGCAAAACGCGAGGUCACUUUAUCUGCUGGCGCUAAACAAUCGCCACAAUUGCUCAUGCUGUCCGGUAUCGGCCCAGAAGAUCAUCUGAGGGCUGUAGGGAUGAAAACUGUGCACGAUGCACCGGGCGUGGGUAAAAAUAUGCAAAAAUAUGCAUUCAAUUUAUUCGAGUCUUUCACCGAAAAAGACGUCGAGGAAUUCGCCCUAGAGCGCACGAGACAAUUAUAUGGGUUGCCAACCGCUGAGGCCAUGAUAUUUAUCAAUAGUAAUUAUUAUAGUGGUAAACAAAUAGAAGGUGCAAACUUCAUAUACAAUCUCAGCCAGACACCAACUUUGAAAAUUCUAAACGUCAAGGCGAAUCCUAAUCGAAUCCCACAAUGCUCAUCUUUCAAGUUUCCAUCGGACCAUUACUGGAAAUGCCACGCAAGAUUCUACACAUCAACGAUCUAUCAUCCGUGUGGGACUUGCAAGAUGGGCCCAGCGACUGACAAGAUGGCCGUCGUGGAUCACAGACUUAAAGUACACGGAAUUAAGGGACUGCGAGUGGUUGACGCGUCGAUCAUGCCGAAUAUCACCUCUGGAAACACGAAUACACCGGUUAUUAUGAUUGUUGAGAAAGCUGCAGAUAUGAUCAAGGAGAACUGGAAACUGUAG